AGCAGAGUAAGCCAAGUGCCUCUGUGUGACACCACCAGCAGCUGAUAACGCAUAAGAAAAAUAUAACUAAUUUAAACUAGAGCCCUCUCUCUUCUUGAGAAGCUGGGAUUUGAAGGAGCUAUCCUGAGAUCUGUACUGCUAUCACUGUAUAUAUGCCUUAUUUCCUGGGUCCACGGGAAGCAUGAGUCUGUUGGGACUUGGGACAAGAAGAAAACAAGACAUCUUCACAAGGAAAACCAAGCACUAAAAAAAGUAUCCCCCCAACUCUGGAGAGAGAGAACACAAACAUGGCCGACAGUGGACUUAGGGAGCCUCAAGAGGACUCUCAAAAGGAUUUGGAAAAUGAUCCAUCAAUAAAUUCUCAGGCACAAGAGACCACAAUCAUAACAAGUACUGCUGAAGAAGCUCAGACCCUACACUCUGCCGCUGGUCUUAGCAAAGGCCACCAAGAGGUAGAGACAAUAGGUCCAGAAAAUGUAGUUACAGGUGAUAAAUCAGAAAGUCCAGAUGAAGCAAAUGUGGGGAAACAUCCAAAGGAUCAAAUAGAGCAUGAGAACAACCAGAGUUUUCUGGAGGGUGAAAAAGGGCAUCACCUCCCUUCAGAAAGUCUGAGUGAAGAACCCCUGGAUCCAGAUCCCAGCCAUUCUCCAAGUGACAAGUUAGGACGAGCAGACGAACACUUAGGGAGCAGCUCGGCAGCCCUCCCCACGGAAGUGAUUGACGGAAUGGGAGCACCUCAGGAACCUCCUGCUGCAGGCUCCCAGGAGGCCGAGGGUCCUGGUCAUUCCAGUGCAGGGCAAGAGGGCGAGGAUACACUGAGGCGGCGACUGCUGGUCCCGGAGGCUGGAAGUCAUCCACAACAAACACAAAAAUCGGAAGAAAUUAAAGAGAAUACACGGGACACCAUGAGAAAGACUAAUGAAAAGAGUAUUUGGAAUUAUGGCGCUGUCUUUCUUGGCCUCCUGUUUGGGGCUCUUGUGCUAACUUCUGUGAAUAGCUACUAUUCCUCUCCAGCUCGGCAAGUGCCCAAAAAUCCAGCUUUGGAAGCCUUUUUGGCCCAGUUUAGCCAAUUGAAAGAUAAAUUUCCAGGUCAGAGUUCCUUCCUGUGGCAGAGAGGACGGAAGUUUCUCCAGAAGCACCUCAAUGCUUCCAACCCUACUGAGCCAGCCACCAUCAUAUUUACAGCAGCUCGGGAGGGAAGAGAGACCCUGAAGUGCCUGAGCCACCAUGUUGCUGAUGCUUACACCUCUUCCCAGAAAGUCUCUCCCAUUCAGAUUGAUGGGGCCGGAAGAACCUGGCAGGACAGUGAUACGGUCAAGCUGUUGGUUGACUUGGAGCUAAGCUCUGGGUUUGAGAAUGGCCAGAAGGCUGCUGUGGUCCACCACUUCGAAUCCUUUCCUGCGGGCUCCACUUUGAUCUUCUACAAGUAUUGUGAUCAUGAGAAUGCUGCCUUUAAAGAUGUGGCCCUGGUCCUCACUGUUCUGCUAGAGGAGGAAACAUUAGAAGCAAGUGUGGGCCCAAGGGAAACUGAAGAAAAAGUGAGAGAUUUACUCUGGUCCAAGUUUACCAACUCUGACACUCCCCGCUCCUUCAACCACAUGGACUCAGACAAACUGAGUGGGCUGUGGAGCCGAAUUUCACACCUGGUACUGCCAGUCCAGCCAGUGAAGAGCAUAGAAGAACAGGGGUGCCUUUUCUAAAGCUAAGCACAGAGUUGCUUACAGAAGGUAUAUACGUUUAUGAAAAAGUCUGUUUAAAGGCCUUCCAUUUAUAUGGAAGGAGGUUGAUAAAAUAGAUUGAGGAAAUAGCCUGAAAAACACAAAUGAGCUUAUUUUAGAAGUUUUUAUUUUUUACUCCUUAUAAAAUCUUUCUAAUCUAAGCCUUGACAAAGGUAAAAAUUAACCUAACUUCUUUUCUUUGCCUCUUGGACUAAAUCAGGUUUGAAAUAUAGGAUGAUAUAUAUGAGAAUUUAAAAAAAAUUCUAAAAUAUAGCACCAUUGCACAGGAGAUACUCUUACUUCUUAGAGUAACUACAGAGUGAUUUUUUUGAUUGUUUUUUUGAGUGAGAAUCUGAAGAGCCUUUUGGACAGUGUUUAGACUUGGACUAAAGCUAUUAUAAUUAUGAAGCAAGAUAAUUUUUAGAAAAUUUUUCUAUCACAUGUUGAAUAUUUUCAAACAUCACUUUAAUAAUCUAAAGUUAUGGGGUUACAUCUUAUAUUAAUUUUACAGUUUUGAGUAGUAUAAAAAAAGGAAAUAAGAAUUCAAACCAUUAAGUACGUACUUAAAUACUACAUGUAAGACACUGUGCUUUUAUUCCACUGAGCUGAGGUAUAAGCAGCUGUACUCAAAGAACUUUCUUAAAAAUGAGAACCAAUGGGGAAAUUGGGGUUUAUAAUUCUUGGAAAUGAAGAACUUCCAAAUGGCUAUAUCUUUACUUCAGCUUUUCUUGAAAAAUUUACAGCAGUGAUUUUCAAACUGUGUCUACUGGCACCCUUCCCCUUUAUAUCAGAGCAGUUCUGCUUUUAACUGUUUCAUAUGUCGGGGGUUCUCUGUGAGAUUUCAUUGCAACAGUUUCACUGAUAAUGAAGUUCGAAAACCAUUGAUUAAGUGAGAAAACAUCUCAGACGAUAGGAAAUAUGUAAAAAAAAUGAGUGUAUUAAAUCUUAUGAGUAGGAAGCGGAAAUACAGGUUUAUUGUAUAGCUACAUUAUUUAUGAAUGGUAAAGAUCUAUACAUGAACAGCAGAAUGUAUAAGCUAGCAUUUACUAGCAUGUUUCUGAUGCUUUUGUUCAUUUCUGUUCAUUGUCAUUUCUGUCUCCUCUGCAUGGAAUUUUAUACUUCUCUAGGGUGAGAGUUUGUAGGCUCUUUCAGCAGAACAGAUUUUUAAUAACCAUUUUUAUUUUUUAAAUUUAUUUUUGAACCAACUUAAUAGUAAAUUUUAUAUGAACACUUGGCAUAACUUUACCAAACAGUUUCUUUCUAUGCAGUGAUGGAACAUUAUAUAAUGUAGCUCUUUCUUGACCAACUAGUUAUAGAAGUAUUAUUAGGUUAAAAAUUAGAGAAAUGCAAGAGAUGGUAUACUUAAAGAGAGGAAGCAGAAAUGGUAGGUAAUUCUCAGAGGUUUUGAUAGUUGGUACUGAUUGUUGGACUGUGUUCUGUGAUUGUAAGAAAGAUGGAAAACAGUGUGUAUGGAGACAGUAGAUGUUGAUUAGCAUUUGAGCUCUAAAAGUGGAACUCUAGUAAAAUGAUCUUGACCUAACAAAGGGUCUGUUCUAUUAUAUGGACUGUUAUAAUCCUGGAAUGUUUGAACUGGGUUUUGGCCUCUCUGUUGUAUGAGAUCAUAUGUAUAUAUCUAAGAAAUUAUGAUUCAAGUAUGGGAAGAUUUUAGGAAACACUAAGAGGAUAGAGGGAUCUUUACUGAUACCUAAAAAAAAUUAUACUUGAGUAAUUGCUCAGUUGAGUGUAGGGGCAUACCUGAAGGAAGAAUUUGCAUUUGGGACUUUGAAGGGAUCUUCCAAGAGAUUUGGGAAAGACCUGAACAAAAAGUGAAAGGAUGGUGAAUGUAAAUCAAUGUCAAUCCAAUAUGAAAGCAGAGGAAAUUGAAGGAAAAUUUGCAUACCAAAUUUUUUUUUGUCUUUCUAGAUCUUAGAUGCUAGCAUUACAUCCACAAAACCAGUGUUGCCUUGUAGAACUGUUAUAUUGGCCUGCUGACCUGUGCUACCUCAGAUCUGUAAAGGAACCAGUAUGAUGCAUAUUCUUGUUUCUUCAUUCAGUUGGAUAUGGUUUUCCAUUAUUUCCUUUCAAAAUAAUUUAGAAAAAUAAAUUUCUAAGUCACAAUUUUUUUUUUUUUUUUUUUUUUACUUAUUUAGCCUUUUUAGAAACACUUUCCUUCCAUGUAUAGUGCAACCAAUUGAGACCGUUGUCAGUUUUCUGUCCACUAUUUUUGACUCUUAGGAUGGAGUACAGUGGCAUGAUGAUAGCUCACUGUAGCUUUAAACUCCUGGGCUCAAGCAGUCCUCCACCUUAGCCUCCUGAGUAGCUGGGACUACAAGUGCCCACUACCACACCACUUUAUUUUGUAUAGAGACAGGGUCUCACUGUGUUGCCCAGACUGGUCUUGAACUCCUGGCCUCAAGUGAUCCUCCUACUUCGGCCUCCCAAAGUGCUUGGAUUAUAGAUGUGGCUCAAAGCACCCAGCCUCCAACUUUUUUUUUUUUUUUGGUGAGAGAAGGUCUUGUUCCAUCACCCAGGCUGGAAUGCAGUGGCGCAAUCUCAGCUCACUGCAGCCCAUGCCUACUGAGUUCAAGCGAUUCUUGUGCCUCAGCCUCCCGAGUAGCUGAGAUUAAGGCGCGCAUCACCAUGUCUGGCUAAUAUUUAUAUUUUUAGUAGAUAUGAGGUUUCGCUAUGUUGUCCAGUCUUGUCUCAAACUUCUGGCCCCAACUGAUCCACCCACCUUGGUCUCCCAAAGUGCUGGGAUUAUAGGCAUGAGCCACUGCAUCCGGCCUCAAAAAUCAUUUUUAAAAGAAGCAGUAUAUUAGCACUGGGUCUUCUCAUGACUAAAAUGACUAUUUUUAAAGCAUACUAUAUUUUAUAAAUGGACAGAUAAUUCAAAUUUAUUCUCUAAUGUGUUCUCAGGUUAAUUUCUAUUUGUUUCUAUUUUUUACUUUUUUUAAGGUUUCAGAUUUUCGUUUGUGUCUAGUAAUUCAUCUUUUAUUAUUGUCAUAAUUUGCUUAUUUGACUUAGAAAAAUGAUUUGUGGGCAUACAAUAUCGUACAUGAUACCUAAACAUUGCCAUUUAAUUACUGUUCCAGAAUAACGUUCAUUACACUGUAUAUUAAUAUAAAUUACUUCUUCAGUAAUUAGAAUUGUAGAACCUAAUGGUAGAAUCAGAAAUUGUCUUUGGACUUAAGGUUUUUCUUCCCUUAGGGUAAAUUUUCAGUUUUUUGGUUAGUUUCCAGGGUUUGGCCGAAAAGUUCCAUGGGGUUCUAAUCACUAAAAUAGUGAUGCUAAUUUGUUUCAUAUUUCUAUUUUAAAUAUUUCUAUUUUUAAAAGCCAUCAAUAAAGCAAUUUCAGUACACUUCAUUUGGAGGCCUCCAAGUUUAUGAUGGUUAGUGACCCACCAUUCUCCCAGAUGAUGACUCGACUGAAUAGUGCUAGCUGCUGAGAUGGUUUUUCAACAGUUUUUUUUUUUUUUUUGAGAUUGAGUUUUGCUCUUGUCACCCAGGCUGGAGUGCAGUGGUGCGAUCUCGGCUCACUGCUGCAACUGCUGCCUCCUGGGUUCAAGCAGUUCUCCUGCCUCAGCUUCCCAAGUAGCUGAAUUAUAGGCGCCCGCCACCACACCCAACUAAUUUUUGUAUUUUUGGCAGAGUCGGGGUUUCCCCAUGUUGACCAGGCUGGUCUCAAACUCCUGACUUCAAAGUGAUCCACCCCCCACUCGGACUCCCAAAGUGUUGGGAUUACAGGCAUGAGCCACCGUGUCCAGCCUAAACAACUUUUAAUUGGUCAACUUAUAGUUUUAUCUAUUCAAGACAGGAAGCACAAUGAGCAGUGAUGUUAAAAUAUAACAAAUAGGGCAUGUGAAAGUUAUAAGAAUCAGAUGAUCUUCACCAGCACUGCAUUCACAUAUAUCCGUCCAAACUUUAUGCCACAUAGGCAGGUCUCUGGCUCUUCAAAAAUGAAUGUUAAAUAGAAAAUAAUAAAUACUAGCUGAUUAGGGCUAUCAUUUAUUUAAUGGGAAUAAAGAUUAUAUUCAUAAAUUUUACUUGCAGAGAAGUACUUUCAUUUUGUUUUAAAGACACGGUCUUGCUCUGCCACCAAGGCUAUAGUGCAGUGGCACAGUCAUGGCUCACUGUAGCCUGGAACCUGAAGGGGAUGAUCCUACUUCAGGAACCACAGGCACACGCCACCAUGCCUGGCUGGUUGAGAAGUACUUUCAAAUAGCAACAUGAAGCCUUUCCUUUAUCAUUUGAAAAUAAAACAUAAUUGUAAACUAAACCAGUAUAUCUUUGUAAAGCCAAUAAUAUGUCAUUUGACAGAAGCAUUGUUUGAAUGUGUGUUUCAGGUUGAAUAUGUAGUUCAGUGUCAGUCUCCAUUUUGAUAUCUUGUUUAUCCAUCUGAGCACAUUUCAUUUUAAAAUUUAUUUGUUGAGACGUCAUGGGAGUUUUUUGUUUUUCAUUGAACACUAUCACUUGUCCAAUGGGAAGGCUGAUGCUUAUCUUUAUGGCGAAUGCUUGGUUGAAUAAUAUAUUUGCAAAGAUGUUAAUUCUAGAGAGAGCUAAAUAAAGUUCAGAUAUCUGUAAACAGUUUCUCCAGAUGACUUAAGCCUUAUUUUUGUAAAUUUAUGUUAAAUUUUGGGUGCUAAGUUGUGAAAUACCUAAUGAUUUGGGCCUAAAUUUGCCUCAUUCAGACCCAGUUGGGGCUGUUGAAAUUCAUUUCUAGCUAAUAAACUGUACUAUAACUUCUGUAUCUCUACGGACCAAUCCAAAUGGCCUGAGAACACAACCUAAUCUGCAAAGAGGCAAAUAAGUUAGUCUUCAGUGCCUUUACUUCCAGUAUUAUCUGCAUUAUCUGUGUCCGCUUGCUUUGAUGUCUUGAAAAGCCCAUAAAUUUGUUCUUAUUUUGGGAAAUAGUCUCCCACUUUCCCUCUUUGAGGCUUAUAAACUAAAUCUGCCUUUGGCUAAGAGGAGUUAUGUGAACCAAAAAGAACAUUUUGGACUUGGGAAGCAACAGGCUGGGUCACACUGCAUGGGGCAGAGUUAACCAGGCCCCCCAGCAGUCACAGCCCUACUCCCUGUGCUCCUACCAAACCUAAGGUCACAUCAACACAAAGCUCCAGGCAGUUGCUUCUGGUUCAUCAGAGAGCACAGGACAUUUAAACCUAUUUGCCUUUCCUGUCAUAAAAGAUACAGCACGUUGACUUUCAAACCCAAUUGCAUUUUGCUUAUUUGUACUUAACAAAAAAUAUGUGGGCUUUGCCAAUAUUAAUGUCCCACUUCUCUGCACUCCCUUUCUGUGUAACGGGGAAUGCUUUUGCAUUUGUUUCUUAUGGAUUCUGAUGAAUGUGCCUUAUUCAGAUUAGUUGUCUGGUCAUUACUCAGAAUAAAGAAUAAAUCUCCUUAA